AUGGCACUUGUUCACUGGUCAUGUGAUGAGGUCACCUUGCCUUCGCUUGCUGUGCGGAGAGUGGAUGUUCUUGUGGCCCACAGCACCCGCAACAAGCUCUAUGUGAUGACAAAACUUUCGAAUACAUUUGAUCCAAUUCGAGGAGUGCAAAAGAUUUUCACCGGUUCUUCUCAGGAACCAUGUGGUGUAUACUUCAAUAGGAGGGUCACAUACAUUAUCAGCGGGUACAAAAAAGGCGGUAAAUUGGUGACAAGCGCAUGCUCCUGGAGCCAGAAGAUUUGCACAGUGACAUCAUUCCAGAAAUUCGCCUUGAAAACUGGUCUUUAUAAAUCAAAUUGUCAAUGCAAGGUUAAGGACUGCACAAAUGGAAACUGCAACCCACCGACAAGAGAGGACUGUGUCAUAAAAACUAACAGUUAUUGCUUCCGGAACAAGAACGCAUGCGUGAAAAAGUCGCAAUAUGGCGCUCUGCAAUGUGGCUGGAAAUCGGAAGUUUGCACCUCAACUCCAUUUUACAAAGUCAAUGUACACAAAAAGGUCAAUCAUGAGCCUCCAAAGAGCAAGAAUCUGCAUCAUGUGGUCCGCUCCGAUAAACAUGAGGUUCACAAACUGUUUGAUGUCCAUGUGAAGCAACACCCCGAACACGAAAACAGCCACAAAGUCAAUGUACACAAAGGGGUCGUGUAUGAGCCUCCAAAGAGCGAGAAUCUGCAUCAUGUGGCCCAUUCUGGGGAACAUGAGGUUCACAAACUGUUUGAUGUCCAUGUGAAGCAACACCCCGAACACAAGAGUAGCCCAAUUGUUCCUGGGCCUUAUUCCAAACACGUGUUAGAUCACGUAAAACACCACGUUGGUUCUCAUCAUUGAUCAACGUUUCUUCUUUUACAGUAAGCCAGCUCUUCAGUAAAAUCAAGAUAUAUUUAUUAAUUAAAUAUUCUGCAGGUAAAAGAAUCUACCGAUUAUAUGUUCCUUUCAUCAAAAAUACAACUUUGUUUCAUUCAUAUGUCAAUAGAAUUUUUGAAGCAUUUUUAUUUAAUGAAAUAUUUUAUCGCAAAAUGAGUUAUUAUACAUGCAAAUGCAUGUUAGUCAUGUACAUGUAUUUUCAAAGUACAAUUUUUUGCAAACAGUCUUAAUUAAA